AUGAAGAAUUUCUCUGUACAAUAUUUACUUUCACAUGAUGAUAAUAAAAAAGAUAUAUCAUCUGCACCAAUAGCAACAACGUCGUCCAAUACAUUAAAUAUAACUACAUCAGAUGAUGUUGAAGAUGAUAAUCAUUCAUCUGCUUCAUCGUCUUUUUAUGAUUCAUCAAAUGACGAUGAUGAUGACGAUGAUGAACAACCAAUAGUUAGUAGAAAUCCUCUGGAUACUAGUGCAACAUCUGAAGAUAGUGAAACAUCAAAAUAUCUUCAACAAGACCAUAGUCAUCAUCAUGAAACAUCAAAAAGACGAAAACGACGAGUGCUAUUUACUAAACAACAAACAUUUGAACUUGAAAGACGUUUUCGCCAACAACGCUAUUUAUCUGCACCAGAACGAGAACAUCUAGCUAGUGCAAUAAAUUUAUCAGCUACUCAAGUAAAAAUUUGGUUUCAAAAUCAUCGCUAUAAAAUGAAACGUUCACGUCCUGACAAAAAUUUAAUCGAUACAGCAAUGUCUGCUCCUCGACGUGUGGCGGUUCCAGUACUUAUUCGGAAUGGUCGGCCAUGUCAUCAACAACGUUUUUCUCUCCCAUCGUCAUCAUCAACAACAGCAGCAGCAGCAGCCGUAUCUAGUCAACGCAUUCAUGGUCAGUCAAUAACAAGCAGUAACAGCUCAUUAGGAGAAGCAUCAUUAUCAUGCAAGAAUGAUGCUCCUCCCAGUAUACUAUUUAAUGACAGACAACAUAUGAAAUGUGACAAUAUGGAUUUGUUCCAACAGUUUCUUCUUUCACAAUGGGCACUUUCAAAAAAAUUAUUUUUUCCAACAACUUAA